AUGCGUCGCAUGUCCUCUGUCUUCUUUGCGAGACGUGCUGACAAGCCUGAUGCACCGUCAUCCAACAACAUCGACCCUCCCCCACAAGAAGCUACGAAACGGAAGACUAGAAUGUUUAACUCGCUUUCUCGAAAAGCAGUACCCACACAGCUCGUCACUAGCGGUUCUUCCUCCUCAACAUCAUCCGGCUCUGCGGAGUUGCGUACUCCUGACGAUGAAGAGUUGCCCCGCAUACGCAUGCCCAGCCAGAAAGGUAGCUGGAAAUCAUGGUUAGGGGCGAAAAACCUGGACAGAGUUGAAGCAGACACGAAAUCAGCUUGGCUACCGCCUUUCCCGACGACAGGGAUCACAUUACGUCCUCCACCGAAACCGACAUCGAAUGAAACGGAUGAUACGUCAUCUGAAUCUGAAUCUGAAGCAGAUCAUCUUCAGGAUUCUCCCAUUCAGAACUUUUCACAAUCUAUUACCCAGGCACGAAAGACUCGGCUGACUGUGAUCGUCCUUCCUUGCCCUCCUCUUUUGGAUAUUCCCCACAAUACACCCUUCCCCCGUUCUUGUCUUCGUGUGGGACAUGUUCGUUGCCGAGACACCCUGGAAUCCAAGAUGCACAAAGCACUACUCUUGAGCAGGCUGGAGUCCCUCUCCCCCGCAGAGGAGCGCUGUCUGGCACCCCUUGGCAGUCGGUCCGUGGCUCUGAAAGAAGCACCGGCAUACAAUCCCGAUGUCGACACUUGGCCGAAGGCACAAUUCUUAAGGAGAAACAGCGAAGGUCUCGGCAAUUGGGUGGCUCGCCCUUGUUACGAAGACCGAGUUCUUGUCUGGACUCGCCAGGAACGUUCCGGUGAAAUUGUCACCUCUGGCAUCUCUGGGUCACAGCUUGGUGUCGCGGCUCUCGAAUUAUCGGAGCCGUUACAAAUACUGGCGGGUUUACUAUCCGACAUUGAUGAUGGCUUCGAUCCGUCUGCAGAGCCUAAGCCGUUCCUACCUACCUCUGGGGCUGCCGCAGUCGCAUUGCCAUCGACGGAAAAACCCACCCUUUCCGUUGCCGUCGCAGACUUUGAAUUCUCGCCCCUUACGCUUGCAGUUGACUCACCGGACGAAUCUAAAAAGGAAACUUGCAAUCUCAACGCAGCAGAGCCUACCCCUAGACCCGCUGUCAAACGAGGUGUCAGGUUCGCGGAAGAAGGCAAGGACGACCAAAUUCCCUUGGGUUAUGUCCUACGUAUCAAGAAAAGGCGCGAAGAGAAAGCCAGGUUUCUUCGUGAAGAGCGUGAGAAGCGAGAAUUGGAAGCGGGACGGCGUGCGCAGGAUGUCAGGCGCGCGCGUGAGGAAGAACACCGUUUGCGGGAGGAAGAACGCCGGUUGUGGGAAGCGCAAAUGAGAGAGCAGGAAGAGGAGCACAAGGCUCGUGAACUCCACAAGAAGAAAAUAGAAGAAGAAAGACGACACCAGAAUUACGCCUCGGAGUUGCAGGCUUCGCGGACCCGCCGAGAAGCCUCUAGAGCUGGCCAUAUCUCCUCUUCGUCCUCCCUGGUUCGGGACAUAGAACGUGAUAGAUCUGCAUCCCGUGGUGCUCACCCAUCUGGGUCACCGUCAAUGCGCCAACGGACAACGGAUCUCAAGGUCUCUUCUUCAAAUCUCUCGCCUGGCGAUGGUUCUCCUGCCAGCUCGAUGCCAGCUACCCCGGGGAGCCAGCAUAGCUUCUCGGGGCCUCCAUCCGUCUACUCAACUCACACCACCUCAUCAGAAGAUGCACGAGGUCGGGAUGGGCGACACAUUAGCAAACGUACCUCUGUUGCAUUUGACCCGUCAAAGCAAUAUUCGUUGCCGUUGUCGAAUCCACGCGCGUCACUUCUACCAUACAACCCUUGGGGCAACAUGCCGGUUUUCGCCUUUUGCCGUUCAGCCAAUUCCGCCGGUUCCCAUCUCUCCCAUGAUGGCCAUGCCAUUCUAUUCCUUGGACCCUUUACUUCCCCCUUCCCCUGCUUUCAUGAUGAACCAGUUUGGCAUGAUGAAUCAGUUCGGACCGCAGCCGCACUUGCAACCGUACCCUUCCCAUGGUCAAGUUCCCUCGUCUCCACGACAAAACAGCUUUUCGACCCACAGCGUAGAAGGCGUCCACCAUAA